AUGGCUAAACGCAAAGCUACUGCUGGCAAGCGCGCCAAACCCAAGCCGGCUUCCAAGCCUGCUAAACCCCGUCACGUCGUCAAGAUGAAUCGUCCUACCCUCUCUACCAUGCCCAAUGAGAUUCUCUCAAUGAUCGUCAAGGAGGCACACGACAACGGCCUCCGUGGUCGUCAGAGCGUCCGUAAUCUCUGCCUUACGAGCAAGCGCAUCUACCCAGUUGCUCGUCGAGAGCUGUACCGACGCAUUGUCAUUGUGUCCGGACAUCAGCUUGCCUCGCUCACCAGAAACCUCAUCGAGAACCCUUCCGCCAGAGAGUUUGUUCGUGUUGUCGUCAUCCAUUUCGACAGUUUUCGAUUCAGCAGAUACAGCCCUGAUGCUUAUCUCUUCCGCGAUUGGGCUAACACGGCCAUGGUCGAGUCGAAUCUUUCCCAGCUCGACCGUCAGCUCCUCGUCCUCUGCAGAGCUACGUGCAGCGACAAGGCUGUCGAUAACAUUCAGUGUGUACUCGGCCUGCUGAUGUUCCUCCUGGACAAGACUCAACACUUGACGCUCUUCGCCGAUGCCUACUUGGGCACCAUGGACCGCUUCUUGGCAGCCGGUCUCUCUCUUGCUGCCUCUGCACACUCCAACUCGCUCGACUAUUCAGCGCUCCUUCCGUCUCUGGUGAGCUUGGAUGUCUGCAGCAAGAUCUGGCUGCAGAAAUCGAACCAGAUAGUCUUCAACAAGGCUUAUCACCCCUUCUUGGCCUUCACAUCUUCGGCUCAUGUCCGCGAGUUCCAUCUCAUCGGAACCGAGGGCGGGUUGAACAACAUCCUCGACCAGAUUGGUUCCAAAUUCAAGCUUCCCUUCACCAAGGUCACGCUGAAGGCAAGCGACUGCACUUCUUCGAGCCUCUGCGUCCUGCUUCGUCAUUGCCCGCAGUUGCAAUAUCUUGAAGUUGAGACACUCGGAGACGGUGACUAUCAGGGAAUUGGAGAGAGCAUCAAUGAGGUCUUGCCAAAGUAUUGUCCCCAUCUUCAAGUUCUGUCAAUUCGCUUCUUUGGACUCAAGGACAAGUUCCUAGGGCCCAACACCCUCGACUGCCUCCCCAAGAUGACCAAACUUACAGAACUCCGCAUCGAGAUGGAAUCUUUCAUCACGCACACAAGAGACCUCGGCGAACUGAAUCUUCACGAAAAGCUCCCUGAGCAGUUGGAGAAACUCUUUGUGGAUGUUUCCAUGUUGAGGGUGAUGAGUCCCACGAGAAUCUCGCCUAGAAACCCCGAGGUUAUGGAGUUUGUGAAGUCUGUCAAGAACAUCAUCCAAGAUCUCUGUCAGAGACGCGCAGACCACUUUCCCCGCCUCAACACCAUCGUCUUCGGUUGCAAGUACAGCAAGCCGAAGCAGUGGAGCAGAGUCGCCAAUAACACACUCGCCGGAACUGGUGCCAAGGUCCGUGUGUGCACCGGAAUCGACAGCAAGAGAAUGUGGGGAAAGUCCUGGAAGCGGAUGAUGAAUGUGUGA